CAGCACCGUCAGUCAAACAGAGAGACAGAGCCACAGCCAAACAUCAUGUCAGCGUCCGUCAUCAAGGUGAGACACUCGAUCUGCCCACAGCAACAAUGCACACAUGGAUGGAUGGAUGGAUGGUUGUCUGUCCCUCAACAAGGUGGCGUUGGUUUGACGUCUGAAGACAAACACCCCCACUCACUCAAUCACGCACAGAUAAGCUAACACACACACACACACACACAAGUCCAUAUGUCCAUAUGGUGUCUGUCUGCUGAUGUCCCAGCUCAGCCCAGCCCAUCGUCAUCAUGCCUGCAGUGCCCGUUCGUCAGUGUGUGCAGUCAGUCCAGCUCGUCCUCAAUCGCAGCCGCCUCGGACGCCCAGCCCAGCCCAUCGUCGACAUGCUCUUCACUCAGUCAGUCAGGAGACACGAUUGCAUGUACUGCAUUGCAUGCAUGCGAGCAGUCAAUUCCGUGUGACAUUCCUCCACAUCCACUCAUGAACGAAUUGCAGCAAGCACAACACGAACAUAAAAUAUAGACAGCCAUACACAUGCACUCAGCCGAAGGGCCAUUCCUCCACUCGCCACCAAGCCAUUCUCCCCACGACUCUCCAGGCACACGGGCCAGCCGAGUGGUUAUAUAUAUAUGAGGAAGCGGUCCUUAUACCAGCCCUUACUGCAGACAAUCAGAAAGAAAGAAAGAAAGAAAGAAAGAAAGAAGGAAAAGAAGAAAAAGAGCACACACAUUGGUCAUGUGACCAUCAGAGCUGCCUGUCUAGCACCGGUGCCGUCCCCCGGAUCUAAAAGGAUGAUCCACGCGACGAAGUUGUGGCUGUCGUCGGUGAGCACCAGCUCUCGCACAUCACCGAUGCCAUCAGCGUCGUAGCUGAAUGUCGUCGAGCAGCCGGCCACCGGUGUGUGGGGCGACUGGGUGAGGAGGCCAUCCAGACGGCCGCCACCAACACGCCUGAACCAACCACACACACACACAAUCACACACGCACUCCUCUCGCCCACUGGUGCCAUUGUGUCUUACCUGUUGAGUCCUAUGCAUGUGCCAUUGGUCUGGUGAGUGCGCCUGAAGUGGUGGAUGAUCUUGUCCCUGGCGAAGGACGACAAUGACGCAUCGGUGUACGUGAAGCGCAUCUCCCGCCAUCUGCCGGUGGCAGAGUAGCAGAUGCGGUUGCGCACUGGUGGGUCAUGCUGCUGUCGGUGCUGCUGAUCCAGAUGGUCGGCAGGGAGGGGCGGGUCGACCCCCAGCUCAAAGCCGGGCUCGUCGACGAUGGCCCGCACCUCACCGUUGCCGUGGUGGAACAGCUGCAGGCAGGUGCCGUCACUGAAGUGGACGUGGCGGCCGACCAUCUUGAGCUGCGCCAACACACGAGCUAACGAUCCAUACGCCUACACCACACCACACACAGACACACACACAGACAGAGAGAGGGAAUGCGGCCUCUCUGUUCUCUCCCACCCGCCCUCUGUGUGUGCCUUACCGUCUUGUUGGUGUGUGUGCGAAUGUCAUCGGCCGUCAGGUUGAGGGGCAGCGUGCAGCAGCGGCACUGGCUGGCCCACUGCAGCACCCCCCGCGUCUCAUCCCACCGCCCGCCCUCCUCGGCUACCCACACCGCCGCCAUGAGGUUGCCCAUCCCAGCGAUGGGUCGAACUGCACCAGCUGCGGCUGCUGAGUGUUGAUGCCAUCGCCGUCACGGCUCAGUGAGUUGACGAGGCGGGUGCGCAGCUCGGCUAUGGUGAAGGCAGCCCGGAUGCGCCGCGAUGUGGCCCUCAGGCGGGCCGUCGUGACGAUGUCGGGCUGAUGGCCUCGGCUGCCGACAAACAAGUGGCUGACGGGAUGCUCCUGGGCGGCCAUCGUCCCACCAGCCGCCCCAGUCGUGCCAAGCUGUCAACGCAUGGCUGCAGAAGCAGGAGGGUUU